UUCCAUUCUUGAUACCUACAAGGUCCAGGGGGGUGAGGAACUUCGAAAUGCAGAAAGAGAGAAAAAGAAAGAAACAGAAACAGACCAUCUCACUGCCUUAAGCUUGUGUAUUGAUUGUUUUUUUUGGCUGGCAAAUACUGUUUUGAUCAAGUAACUGCAUGAAGAAAAAAAGAUCCACAGAAAAAAUAAAAAUGACAUUUUGAACAGAAGAGUUGUUUAAAAUAAUUUAACUUUCAUUAAUUACUAAAAGGAAUGCUAAUACAGUUUUAAAUUUCACUAUGAGCAAUCAAGAAAGUCAGAGUACUACUUUUGUGAAUUCCCUUGCUAAAAUCUAUGACCCAAACGCUAUACAGAACCAUGGACCCACCUGUACCACUGGAAGCACAUGCAAGAAGCUUGUAAGAACCAGAAAUAACUCUGUUGACAAUUUUAAUGUCAUGGAUAUCAAGAUCGACACUCUGGGUCGCAAAAUGGACAAGCUUAUCAACAUCCAGGAAAAAGUGCUCAACAGGUUAGACAGCAUGGCAAAAGAUAUUGAGGUAAUUGAAGAUGAAGUUGAAGUACUGAAAGCAAGCAAACAGGAUCUAAGCCAAAUUCAACAGGCCCAAGAAAAAGUGACCUCAAAUGAUAUUAAAGACGUUUUUUUGGAAAUUACAACUAUGUUGUCCUCCAUGGAUCAAAGAUCUGAACAACAGACAAAAAGGUUAGACGGAGUUGAAAAAAUUGUUCUUGGCAUCCAGCAACUUAUAAACUUUGUUGGGGAAACCAUUAAAACAUCCAGAAUUACUGAGCAUUUUUUCAAAGAAAAAUGCCCUCCAAAGCCCAGCAUGGUAAAUGUGUCAGCAGUAAAAGACAAUCGGCCUAAGCAGCCUGUGAAAAGGCACGCUUCUGAAAAAAGUGACACAAUAUGGAAAAAACGGAUGGAAAAGGCUCCAGCUCCCUGUGACCCCGAACUGGAUAAACUGCUCCUUCAGCUAAAGCUGCUCACUGGACUCAAAGAAUCCGACCCCACAGUGACCUCAGUGAUUCCAGGCCUUGUGAAGCCAUCCACAACCCCCCACGUAGGACUAAACUCCAGGGACCCAAGCAUUUCCUUGCUAACCCUUAAGGAUCACAAAGUAAAAGAUGGGAAAGAAAAGCAAAGAAUAAGUCUUAAAGUUCUGAAAUCUCAAAAAAAGAAAAAAACACUCGAUGUCACAGAAUCACCAGUUUAUAAGAAGCAGGCAGCAACUGAUGAAAAGGUAAAUCAGUUGAACCGACAAAAUGCUGAAAGAUUGGGAAAAAUAUUUUCUCCUCCAGAAGACAUCCAAGCACCAUCUAAAGAAUCCACAUCAACAGAUCUGGAGAAGAAGCCCAGUGAAGAGGUGCCCUUGGAAAAGAUCUCCAAGAGUGUGGUUCUUGAGGAGGCUGCAGAUGAAUCUUUCAAAAAAGAGGAAACAUGGAGUGGGUUAGACAGCACAAACGUUACCGAGAAUUCUACCUCAGUCCUUGAACAUGAAGCACACGAACCUGAAGCCAGGCUGACUGAAAAGCCCAGUGUGACAAAUCAUGAAAAGAGAAAGGAGAAGGAACUUGUGCCUGAAAUGUCAUCAGAUGAAGAACUGAUUGAAAUACAGGUUCAAGAGGAGGAGGAGGAAGAGGAAAGAGAGGUGGAAGAGGAAGGGAACGAGGAGGAGGAGGAGCAGAACACAAAUGAAGAUGUACAAGAAUGUGGGGAAGAGGAUGAAAUAUACACUGAAGAAGUGACAGAAAAUGAGGAAACUUCUUUAUAUGAAAAAGAGACUUCAGAGGUUAUACAUGAAAAUAACAAAGAAGAAGAGCAGGAGCUGUCUGCUGAUGUUCUGAACAAGAACUGUACUGUAUUAUUGCAGAAGUAUGAAGAUGACAAUGAAGAAAGCAUCUUUUUGCACUUAAAAGAGUGCACUGAUGAGGCACAGAUGGAAAAUAGAGAAGGUUCCGAGCUGAGCACUAGCAGCAAAAGGAGAGUCACAGAGGAGGAGCUGGUGAAAGCUGCACCAAAGAAGAGCCGUGUUGAGUCUCAGGUGGGAGAAUCUCAAAAGUCAGCACCAGCAACGACAACCAAUGAAGCACAUGACCAGUGCAAGGGAGACAGCGGGCAGGGACCACAGAUUCAGGAGGACACCGUCAAAGAAUAUGUAAUAGACACAAGCCAUUCACCUCUGGCUCCAUUUGAACACCGUAUUGUCUCAGCAAAGCCAGCACCAAUAGCUAGCUUCUAUGCAAUUGACAAACAGGAGAUAAUCGGAGGAGGACGCUUUGGUCAAGUUCACAAAUGCACUGAAAAGUCAUCUGGUCUGACAUUGGCUGCAAAAAUCAUUAAAGCCAGGGGCUCCAAAGAAAAGGAGGAAGUAAAGAAUGAAAUACAAGUUAUGAAUCAAUUAAACCAUGCUAAUCUCAUCCAGCUAUAUGCAGCAUUUGAAUCCAAGUAUGAGAUUGUACUUGUUAUGGAAUAUGUGGAAGGAGGAGAACUCUUUGAUAGAAUCAUUGAUGAAAACUGCAACUUAACUGAACUGGACACAAUAUUAUUCAUCAAACAGAUCUGUGAUGGAAUUCAAUAUAUGCAUCAGAUGUAUAUAUUGCAUUUAGAUUUAAAGCCUGAAAAUAUCCUCUGUGUAGACAGAGCUACCAACAAAAUUAAAAUUAUUGACUUUGGACUGGCAAGAAGAUAUAAACCAAGGGAAAAGCUUAAAGUUAAUUUUGGAACUCCAGAAUUUCUUGCCCCAGAAGUUAUCAACUAUGAUUUUGUUUCAUUUCCUACUGACAUGUGGAGCCUUGGAGUGAUUACAUAUAUGCUGCUCAGUGGCCUUUCUCCAUUCCUUGGGGAGAAUGACAAUGAAACUCUCAAUAACAUCCUUGCUUGCCGAUGGGACUUUGAAGAAGAAGAAUUUAAAAAUGUCUCAGAGGAAGCCAAAGAUUUCAUCAGAAAACUUCUAAUCAAAGACAAAAGCUGGAGGAUAAGUGCAACUGAGUCUCUGAAGCAUCCCUGGCUUUCAGAUCGCAGUCUUCACUACAUGCUUCAUCAGCAGGCCAAGUCCCACAUAACCCAUGUACCUUCUUCCCCUCAAUGAUAUUUCACAAGAGGCUAUUAAUAAGAAGAAAAGAAUACAGCAAGCCUCAUUCUACUGGACCAACAGUGCUACAGCUUAAUAAACACUGAAGAGGAGAUAUUUUUGUUCUGCAUUAGUAAUUAUAGUUUUAAUAAUAUUUAAAUGUAAUGUAUAGUUUAUUAAAUAAUUAUAGUUAAGCAUUUUUAAGGUGAUAUACGUAAAAUAGGAGUGUUUUGGUUCAUUUAAGGAUUUGCUUAUUUUUGUUUUCUUUUAUUUCUCAGGGCUUAAUUCGAUCAAAAAAUUAUUAUGGAUACUUAAAUGAUAAAUUUGUAAAGUCUACAAUGCUGCAAUUGAAAGAGUUGAUUUGGGAUUUUGUCUUUAAAUUGAAUUUGACAGAAAAUGUGAAUAAUAAUAAUAGCAGUAGUAGUAGUAGUAGUCGUAGUAGUAUUACAAUGCACCAUUAUCAUUAAACAACUCUUGCCAUUUUACUGGAACAUUUUAUAAUAUAAAAUCAAAGCGGAUUUCAGUUCUUAAUAUGUUAAUCUUUUAAAGUAUGAAUGCCAGUGACUACAUUACAUUGUUUUAGUGUAUAAAAAUGGAGUGCCGCCUGGUCCAGUGGUUUAUCUAAACUCUGGGGUUUCAUUUUGCAAAAGUUUUAAGCCUUGCGAAGCACUCGAUAGUCUCUGGUGCGCAGUCUGAGAAUGAGAAUCUUUCUCAUAUUCUUCUGUCAACUUUUGUGAGUCUUUGUUGAUAAACAUAUCUUGGAAUAAUCCCAUUUAAAUGUUUAAUCCACACAUUGUAAAUGUAUCAGGUGUCAGAUCCUGCAUGUGAUAUUAGCUGUACCUUUUUGACAAGACUACCUUCUCUGUAAUGAUAUUACAGUGCAAUUUAAUGUUGAUCUGCUGUAUUGCAAUGUUGUGUUGAAUUUUUAAGAUGUAAAUAAUGUAGCAUGUUUUUAAAUUAUUUAUAUAUAUUUUGUUGCUGGUUUUGAAACACAAAUAUUCAUUUAGAUGAGUUAAGUAAUACUUGGAUUGUGAAACAACUUUCAACAUCACACUCAGUGAACAGAUAGAAGACAGCUGCAUUUUCCUUUAGUAAUACGAGAUACUGUAAGAGCACUUUACUGUUUGCUUUUUGUGAGCUUCUCUGGAAACACAGGACUGCUGGAUUUCAAGCCAAGGGAACACAAGUAAACCACUUCUGCACACUGUCUCCAUGCAGAUUUACUGUACUGUAGCAAUGCUAGUAGCCCGGUAAAAGAAUAAUUGUACUCAGAAGGCAACAUAAGGACUAGGCUGUUUGGCUCAGAUUUAUUGAGGGAUCAUACGAGGAUGAAAGGUGGCCUUCUUUUAAACACAUUUGCAUUGGAAGGUUACAAUUUACAUGUUGCACCUGUUUUGUUUGAAACAUAUGUUGAUGAGAAACACAAAAGCACAGUUGUCUGGCCUUCAUGCGCACAAUAUAAAAAACGAAGCCACACUGCUGCCUGCUUUUGUGAUAGUGACAGAGAACGCCCUUGUGAGCGCAAAACUGUCUGACAGAAUUAGAUGAGGCCUUGUGUAUAUUUUGAUUUGUUUGAAUGUAUGGAAUGUACUUGUUUCUGACAAACUCACGCCUUGUUUUACAGUCAGCUAGAACACUGUUUAGAAAGUGGGCCCUGUCUUUAAGAUAGUAUGCUGCUUGGUUGACUGUGUGCAUAUUAAAAACUUCAGGCAACACAGUGGAUGAAAUGAAAAAAUUGGCGUUGGGUGUUGUGCUGGGCAGGCAAAUGUUGAAACAAAUGUUCAGUUUGGAAAUCUCUCCGUGUCAUUAACUUGGUAAUCAGAUAAAUGUGGGCACCAGUAAAAACUUUCCAUACAAUGUUCACAGCUAGUGACGUCAAAUGGUAUCACAGACAUGGCCAGAUGAAUUUCCUGUUCUGAUACCAAAAGUCGCAGACCCAGUGGGCUGUUUGGGGUGGUUAGGCCUCAAGGUAUGGGUAUGCCUGGUGCCUCAAGUUGUACUUGUUAUGUAACAGAAGGUGCAACUUCUAGUAAUAAGCAGCAACUUGGAAGGUUACUUAAUGCAACAUUAUUUGUCAUUUGUGUGUGCGUGUGUGUGCGAGUGUGUACCUCCAUUCUGGAACUCUAGUGUGUGUGUCUCACCUUCUGUGAAGGUUUAUAGAUCAACUGGAAACUACCUAAAUUAUUUAAUUAAAAAAUUAGUCAGGUGUUAGACAGCAAUAUGUUUAUUGCUCCCUAAUAUGUCAGUUUUCGCUUUUCAAAGUUCUUAAAUUACUUGUAUUAGUGGAAUGUCGUCAGGGUUGUGGACUUAUUUUUUUGAAUGUCUUUGAACCUGUGUCAAAUAUUAUAAAUGAUCUCAUUGUUGAUAUUGACUACAAAAUACUGUAAUAAAUGAAUUUAAGCAUUA